GAACGUAGGAGAAGAGAACCAAAGAUGGCUGACCUUUGCGUAGACGUCUUUCCUGCUAAGUGAGCAGAUUAACUUCAUACGUGCAAUUAAAUAAUAUACUUGAAAUAUAUUACAAUAUUUAUUGUUUUGAUAAAUAGUUGGUGUUAACAUUGAACAGUUUUAGUGCGAGAGACUGUAUUUUUCUGUGAAUUCAUAUCGUAGGCUUUCGAUCGAACACGAGAAUUCAGCAAAAUGGCUUCUUUUCACCUCCUUACAAGAAUAAUUAUUGGAAAUUGACUAUUUAUAUGAAAGUUUUUAUACUUCCAGUAUUUAAAAUUAAAAUGUAAUAACUUAUUCAAUUAUUCCAGUUCAAAGAGUGUUCGAAUUGAAAGUGUGCUUUUACGUUCAAUACCUAUCUGUUCAAAAUUGGUUCACGUCAUGACGAUGCAUCAGGAUGAAUCUGAAGACUCGAGUUCCGACUCAGACAAGAACGCAGCAUCCGACUCGGAUCAGAAGAGUGGCUCCGACUCGGACUCUGACCAGAAAUCCGACGAGAAGUCGGACAACGAGAAGUCGGACAAUGAUAAGUCGGACAACGAGAAGUCGGACAAUGAAAAGUCGGACAAUUCCAACAAGAGUGCCGCAGCUAGUGGGGGCAGCAGCUCAGGCUCUGGAUCAGACAGUGAUUCCGGCUCGAGCUCGAAUAGCUCAAAAUCUUCAGGAAGUGAAAAAUCCAAAUCUACGCCUAACUCUUCUGGUGCUAAGAAUAAAAGUGAUCUGAAGCAAUGUUGGGAGAAAAAUCCAGAUGUUUAUGGAAUCAGAAGAUCAGGAAGGUCUCGCAAAGAGCCGGAAAGACUGAAUGCCCUGGAAAGUGAUUCAAGCGAUAGGAGCAAGAAGAAAUCUAAUAAAACUAAAGAGAAAUGGAAUUCGGAUUCGGAAUCGGAGGACUACGACAGUUCGACAGACAAGGAGAUCGCGCCGAAGAGCAAGCCGCCGGGUGGCAGACGGCCGCAGGCGCGCGCAUCCACAAAACAGACGCGCCGCGUGCAGCGCAAACCCCCCAAACAGCGAACCAGCAGUCGGUUCUCAGACUCGUCAGAAUCCAGCUAUGAGAGUGACGAUGAUAACGAUAAAAGAUCGAAGUCACGUAGAGGUAACGCUCCCGUUGUCAGCUACAGAGAAAAGUCAGAGAGUGAAUACUCGGAUGUGAAAGAGGAAGAGGAUGAGAACGAAACGUGGCAGGACAUUGCGGUUCCAGCCGAGGUGGAUAACUCUGAAACUAUUGAAAAAGUUUUAGCUCAGCGACGUGGCAAGAAAGGAGUGGUUGGCAAUAUAACUACAAUGUACGCGAUGGAAGAAAAUGGUGAUCCGAAUGCUGAUUGUGAUGAAACUGACAUUGAUAACACGGAAGUUCAGUACCUAAUCAAAUGGAAGAACUGGUCCAACAUCCACAACACUUGGGAGUCUGAAAAGUCACUCAAAGAUCAAAAGGUGAAAGGACUGAAAAAACUAGAGAAUUUUGUAAAAAGAGAAGAAGAGAUAAGAUUCUGGAAACAGCAUACCACGCCGGAAGAUAUUGAAUAUUUUGAAUGUCAACUGGAGCUACAACAGGAACUUAUGAAGAGCUACAAUCGUGUAGAGAGGAUCAUAUCGUAUAGGGAAGAUCCAAACGAAUAUUUUAUCAAAUGGGAAUCGCUGCCCUAUUCGGAUGCGACCUGGGAAGACGCAGCUCUAAUCGAGAAAAAAUGGCCAAAGAAAAUUAAAGAAUUCAGGGAUCGAGAAGACUCGAAAAGGACGCCUUCUAAACAUUGUAAAGCUCUAAAGUAUCGUCCUAAAUUAGUGAAAAUCGUUGAUCAGCCUGAUUAUAUGGGUGGAGAUCAAGUUUUAGUUUUAAGAGACUACCAAAUUAGUGGAGUCAAUUGGCUUGUCCAUUCGUGGUGUAAGGAAAACUCUGUGAUUCUUGCCGAUGAAAUGGGUCUUGGAAAAACCAUUCAGACUAUUUGCAUGCUGUACUACCUCUUCCAUACAUAUCAGAUGUAUGGUCCGUACUUGGUCGUAGUCCCUCUAUCAACUAUGACCUCGUGGCAGAGAGAAUUCUCUCUGUGGGCACCAGAAAUGAAUAUUGUUACAUACAUCGGCGAUGUAACGUCUAGGAAUAUUAUAAGAGAUCAUGAAUGGACAUUUUCGGGCUCGCAUCGCUUGAAACUGAAUGCAGUAUUAACAACGUACGAGAUUGUUCUGAAGGACAAAGCAUUCCUUGGUAGCUUGAGUUGGGCUGUGUUGAUGGUCGACGAAGCUCAUCGAUUGAAGAAUGACGACUCUCUUCUCUACAAAACCCUGAAAGAAUUCGACACCAACCACAGGCUACUAAUUACCGGUACACCUCUGCAGAACAGCCUGAAGGAGCUGUGGGCGCUUCUGCAUUUCAUAAUGCCGGGCAAAUUCGAAUCGUGGGAGAUUUUCGAACAAGAACACGACGACACUGAAAGCAAGGGCUAUGCGCGACUGCACAAACAGCUGGAGCCUUACAUUCUGCGGCGAGUGAAGAAGGACGUGGAAAAAUCGCUGCCCGCCAAGGUCGAACAAAUCCUCAGAGUAGAAAUGACGUCACUUCAGAAGCAGUACUAUAAAUGGAUUCUGACGAAAAACUACAACGCACUGAGGAAAGGCGUCAAAGGAUCGCCGUCGACGUUUCUCAACAUCGUCAUUGAACUGAAGAAGUGCUGCAACCAUGCUCUCCUAACGAAGCCCAUGGAGAAUGAGCAGGGCCAUAUGCCUGAUGAUCAAAUUCAGUUAUUGCUAAGAGGUUCGGGCAAGCUUGUGCUGCUUGACAAGCUUCUGGUGCGUCUGAGAGAAACCGGUCACCGCGUCCUCAUCUUCUCGCAAAUGGUGCGAAUGUUGGACAUUCUGGCCGAGUACCUGCAGCUGCGACACUUUCCAUUCCAGCGGCUGGAUGGUGGCAUCAAGGGAGAACUUAGGAAGCAGGCACUCGACCACUUCAAUGCCGAGAACUCUCCGGACUUCUGCUUCCUCCUGUCGACCCGAGCCGGGGGUCUCGGCAUCAACCUGGCCACCGCUGAUACUGUGAUAAUUUUCGACUCCGACUGGAACCCCCAAAACGACUUGCAGGCGCAAGCCAGAGCACAUAGGAUAGGCCAAAAAAAUCAGGUUAAUAUUUAUAGAUUAGUUACUAAGAAUUCUGUAGAAGAAGACAUUGUAGAGCGAGCAAAGCAGAAGAUGGUGCUUGACCACUUGGUCAUCCAGAGAAUGGACACUACUGGCCGGACUGUGCUGGAUAAGAAGUCCAGCAGCACAACCACCCCUUUCAACAAGGAGGAAUUGACAGCUAUUCUCAAGUUUGGUGCUGAAGAACUCUUCAAAGACGAAGAGGAUGGGGAUGAAGCUUUACCUACCUGUGAUAUUGAUGAAAUUUUGAGGAGAGCUGAGACAAGAGACGAAGCACCGGCCACAGUUGGAGAUGAACUGCUCUCGGCGUUCAAAGUGGCCAGCAUUGCCUUUGACGAGGACAACGAAACACAGAGUGAGCAGCCUCAGGAUGAAGAAACCAGGGAUUGGGAUGAAAUCAUUCCAGAAGACUUUCGUAAGAAGGUUGAAGAGGAAGAAAAAGCCAAAGAAAUGGAAGAUCUGUAUCUGCCACCUAGAAGUAGGAAGACUUUACAGCAACUUCAGCAGUCGGAGAGUGACGGAGAAGGAAGCGGCAAAGGAAGAAAGCGCAAGAAAAGAGGAGGAGAAGGCUCAGAAUCGAGCGAUGAAGGGGGUUCAGACGAAGACAGACCAAGGAAGAGAGGGAGAAAACCCAAAAAAGAAGUCAUCAAAGGUUUCACAGAUGCUGAGAUUCGAAAAUUUGUCAAGAGUUACAAAAAGUUCGCAGCGCCACUGAAAAGAUUGGAGGCGAUUGCUUGCGAUGCCGAAUUGCAGGAGAAGCCGUUGCCAGAUCUGCGAAAGCUGGGCGAAACUCUGAGGGAAAGAUGUUUGGCCACUGUUGGCGAACAAAACUCGCAAAAGGAAAACGAGAAUGAGGACAGCCAGCAAGGCUCUGGUACAAAGAGAAGAGGAAGGGGUCCUUCGUUCAAACUAGGAGGUGUUUCAGUGGUGGCCAAGACAGUGCUUGCAUGUGAGAAAGAACUUGAGCCUCUAGAAAUUGAAAUUCCCACCAACAAUGAAGAAAGAGCAAAAUGGAUUCUUGACUUGAGGGUGCGACCAGCUAACUUUGAUGUGGACUGGGAUAAGACGGAAGACAGCGCGCUGCUGAGAGGAAUCUACCAGUAUGGAAUGGGUUCUUGGGAGGCGAUCAAGAUGGACCCCUCGCUAGGCAUCUCCGACAAAAUCCUCUCCAACGAUGACAAGAAGCCACAAGCCAAACACCUCCAGAGCCGAGCCGAUUACCUGCUCAAACUGCUCAAGAAGAACAUCGACAAGAAAAAUCCUGUUUCAGCGCAGGUAAAACAGAAGAGACAGAGAAAGGUGAACGCAAAGGCGGUCUCGAAGGAGAUAAUCGACCACGAAGACAGCUCUGGAAACGAGGGCGGCGGAGAGAGAGGGCCGAAGAAAGAGACGCAGGCGGGAGACGCCAACCACUCUAGCGCCGCGUCGGCUAAGCAGUCGCGCGUCACCACGCCUAGCAAAGACGCAGCAGCCGAAGACACCGCCACUGAGAAGCACGCCAAGCAGGAGAAGAAGAAGAAGGAUGGCGAGUCUAAGAAGAAAAAGAAGAAGAAGGAUACUGGUCCCAUGCACUUCACCAUGAGUGAACCACGAGCGGUCGGUGAUUUGGAUGAGUCCACCUUUAAUGAGUGCAAAGAAAAGAUGCGACCUGUCAAAAAGGCGUUGAAGGCGCUUGAUAAUCCCGAUCAAACCCUGAGUGAACAAGAACAGUUGACUCACACGAGACAGUGUCUGGUCGAAAUCGGCGAUCAGAUCGACAAGUGCUUGAAGCAGUACAAGGAUCCAGAAACAAUCAAGAAAUGGAGAACGAAUCUAUGGUUCUUCGUAUCUAAGUUCACGGAGUACGAUGCCAAGAAACUCUAUAAAUUGUAUAAACAUGCUUUGAAGAAAUCGAAACAAAAGAGUGACGACAAGGAUAAACAUAAAGAAGGGAAGGAUAGUUCGAGUAGGAAGAGGAGAGCCGAAGAUGACAAAUCCAAUGAAGCGGUACCUUCACCUUCAAAAAAGCAAUUUCAUGGAAGAGAGAAAGACGAGAAAGCGUCGACUGAGAGCAGUGGCAGCAAGGACGCGUCGAAAGAGGAGCGCAGCCGCACCGGAGAGCGAAUCAGAGCAGACAGCGGCGGAAGCAGCGGCACUGGAGGGCCGUCACGGUCGGCGGCCGCUCCCGCUCCGGGAUUCAGGGGCGCUCCGGCCGCCGGCGACAGUCGCGGCGGCAAUGUCAACAGUCCUCAUCCCAGGCCUGCCGACGGCGCUGGUGAUCGCUGGUCUGGAGGAGGCAAUAGAUUCUCUGGCAACAAUGAUAAACGAGAUAGAGAUCGAUAUGAUCAGUAUCCGAGAUCUGGUGGUUACAGAGAUCGAGACAGAAAUCACCGAGGCUCAAACAACAGAAGAUUCCACCAAGGUCCGCCACAGAACUAUGGCGGCGGUCACUUUGGGCCUCCACCGCCGUUUGGGGGUGGCGGAGGGGGUGGAUCUGGAGGCAGUCCGAUGCCCCCCGGGGGCGGUGGCUAUCAGAGGUAUCAGCAGGGACCGCCCCCAGCAUUCGCUAACGACUGGCCGAGAGGCGGCAGACCUGAUAAGGAAUACAAUAAUAGGAGAGACUAUGAUAAUAGAAGGCCUCACAAUACUACCUCCUAGCUAAGUUCCCUCACUGAUCCAUAGACAUUUGUGAUCCUACUCAAAAAUAUAUAACAAAUUAUUUUUUAAACAUUGAGUGAGUGUGCGUGCAUACGUAAGUGGAGUGCUUUUCAUUGGAAUGGAUUGAUUUACGUGAGCACAAGAAUUGAUGAUUACAUCAGUCUACAGAAGUGAAAUAUUUAGUAUAAUUUUUUAGGGUUUACUAGAGUCUAGUAAUAAACAGUCGAAAUUUCUCUCGAAAUCGCAACAAACGUUUUGUAAAUAAAGCUAUCAAUGUAGGAACUUGUAAAAAAAUAUUUAUUCCAAUUCUGCUUGUUUGUAAUGUAGUUUCCAAUUUGGAAUCUAGUAGAAGACAAAAAAUUUUCUUUUGAAUUCAGUUCAAUAUUGUAGUUUUAAGCAUUAAUAUAGUGCUGUAAAUAGUUUUGUUUUAUAAAAAUGUAUGAUUUAUUACAUUGAAUAAUAUUGAACUAAACUAGAUCUACGUGAAGAGAUGAAGGCUAUUAUCAAAGACAACGUUUUGUUUUAGUAAUUCUCUCAUACAAAUUAAACAAUUCAACUGUUAUGAAGCAGGAACAAUUCAGACUAUUUUGCAUUCAGAUUAUUAAAUGGAGCAAUAAUAUUUAAGACUAUAGACAUUCAGGAAAAGGUUCCUAAUGCCAUAGCUGUACAUUUGGGCCUUGUUUUGUUCGCUUCUUAAAUUUUGUCUAGGAAAUUAAUUUCAACUAAAUUUCAGUAAAAUUAGUAUUUUAAUCCUGAUUAUACUUUUUGUUAAAUUUCAUUUUAUUGCAGAUUUCUUGUUCGAAUCUAUUGAAAUCGUAUUCGAUUGAGCUUCGAUAAACUUCAUCUCAUUCAUUCCAAAAUAUUCUCAAUUGUACGAUGUUUUAAUUAUAUUUUAACUCUAAUUUUGAUAUGUGUGACUCUGAUAGGAAAUUCAAGUUGUGAGUGAUUGCAAGCAGCUUCGCUAUUUUAACGUACAUAAGAAUUUACUUUUUCAUGCGAUGUAAAUAAUAAUCAAUUUGUAAGAAUGUACGAUAGUCAUGUAAAUAUAGUAAACAAGUUACAUUACUUACCUAAUUGAAUCUUCAACACUGUUGUGAUCAUAGAUUUCGAAACAAAUGAGCUCGUUUUUCUUGUUCUAAUUGUUACCAUUAUUAACAAUUGAUUUGAGCAUUUAUUGGAGAUUUUUUUUAGUUUUCUAUAAAAAUUAAAUAAAAUACAUUGGAUUGUUUCGAUUAAAUAUUUCUUCAUCCGAAGUCUCUUAUCUUUAUCAAUACUGUAGCUACUAUAUGGUGGACUUGGUAUCUAUUUGUGCUUUCACUCAAGAACUUUGAUGGAUAUUGUAUUAUACAAUGAUAUUGAAAGGCUUUAUCAUUGUUGAACUGAAAUGAUUCCUCUGCUGAAUUUGUAUUGAAAAAUUAUCGCUUGAAUUUUAAUCAUCGUCUCAAAUCUAGUCUUAUGUUGUUGAUUAAAACUGGUCUAAGCAGGAAUGUUCAAUCUUCAUCCUUUGCACAAGUUAUAUUAAUAAAAUCACCGUUAUUUUCAAGUUAUAUUAUUCAAUAUAUUCUUAGAUAUCACAGAAUUGCAUGUAUGAGAAAUAUUCUCUGGAAUCUUGAAAUAUUCUUCCACCUUGUAGAAACUAAAACAGAAAACUAAAACUUCCUUUAUUUCUCCUAAGUGUUUCCGCUUGAAAUUUAUAUAUUUUCUUUAUUUAUUUUCUUGAAUCCUUUAAAUGAAAUAGUUGUAAAUCAUUUUAUUGAGUACUCAUCUAAUUUAAAAUUAAAACUUUUUUAAAUAUAUAUUUAUGGCCGAUUUGAAUUUCUCGGUGCAUGUAAUUUCACAGAGGCUCAAUAAUUAUUUCAAUUGAAUAAAUAUUGUUUUUAUUUGUUUGCUUGGAAACGUUGUACCCAUAUUUAUAAAUGAUAACCGUAUGUACUAGAAUAAUUAUUGAUAAUGGAAGGUCUAGAGUAUUUGAAAUUGAUGGUUAAUAAUUAUAAUCUCCUAAAAAUAAACUUGAGAAUUUGAAAACGUAUUUAGUACUCUAUCAAUGAAAACUAUUUUUAUGUAAUAGAUUUGUGAAUAAUACAGGGAUGAUUUGUACUAUUCAACUGUCUUUAAUAUUAGUUAGUUUUCAAAAUAAACACCUAAGGCCCAUAAUAUGCACCAUCUCUGCUUAAAGGGUGUUGAAUCAAGUGUUGGUUUUUAAACACGAGAUGAAACAAAUCAUAAUAAAUGCCGCCAUACUUUCGUGUAUAUUAUGGUUAGUUAUAAUCUCGAAAUGCUUCAGAACCUUUAUAUUAAUGUAGGAUUUUUGUAUUCUCUUCUAUUCUAUAUUUUUCAUUCACCUUAUCAAAUUUUGUUUAACAUUUCUGCAUUACUUCAAAUAAGCGAAUGAUAAUAUGAUAGUGAAGGUACUUACUCAAAUUUUAUGGCCGAGAAAGUAUCAUUUCUCGUUUGUCAUACGUCAAAAAUUAUAAGUCAUUAACAAUACGCAACCACUGCAAAACAAACCUAUAUAAUUUCAGCAAUAUAAAUCUUAGGGAAAGCGAUUGGGUUCCAGGGUCGUCGUGCUGGUAUUUAUUUACUCGCUCUACUGUUAGACGAGCACUUAGCUCCACUAAAAAUCAUGUACUUCAAAAUAGCUUUCCACCUAAAUCUGAAGGUCCUUCCAUCUCUCAUUAGACUGAAACUUAUGUGGUAUCUUUCUCAGCAAUAAAACAAUUUUCACUUGAUAUGAUAACUGCUUGUGAUAUAAAUUAGUUCAAUGCUUAUAAACCUUAUUUAUAUAUUUUUUAACUUUCAUCUUAAACAUCACAUACAUCCUCCGAUUACCGUAUUUUCAAUGUAUUUCUCAGAUGUUUCGUAUUAUUUAUUUUAUCUAUUUUCAAUUCAAGCAUAGGCCUACGCAUUAAGACCGAAAAUUAAUAUGCUUUUGUUUAUGAUCACAAACAUUUUGUGUGUACUAUGUAGAUAAUAUAUAUCUAUGUGACUGUAAAAAAUAUUUUUAUUAAAUUAUAUUCGUUA